AUGAACGUUGAUCAUGGUCAUCCACCUCAGCAGUGGUCGCAUGGUCUUUGUAGCUGUGUAGAAGAUAAAUCUACAUGUUUCAUCACAUGGUGUUUCCCAUGCGUCACCUUUGGCCAAAUCGCAGAAAUUGUCGACGAAGGACAACAUUCUUGCCUUUACCAUGGCAUAGUGUACGGGUUCUUGAUGACGAUUUCGUGCCAGUGGGUCUACUCAUGCAUGUAUAGAAAGAAAUUGCGCAAAAAAUUUGGUCUGCCGGAGGAGCCUUGCACUGAUUGUGGUGUUCAUUACUGCUGUGAAUCGUUUGCCCUCUGCCAAGAACAUGCUGAGCUCAAAUCUAGAGGCUUCGACCCCUCCAAAGGUUGGAAUGGGUCACCAACUGCUGCUCCACAGGUGCCUCCUUCCAUGACCAAAUGA